UUGGUUCAGUUCAUUCCAAUUUCAUCAUUCACAAACGUGCAUAAACGAACUGAUAAUGGCAUCGAUGGCAUUGCCGGUCGCCUCGAGAUUUCUUCGAUUAACAGUCGACAAUUUUCACCAGAUCUCACGUAGAACACUUCUCAGAUCAUGCGACUCAACGUCAGUCGUCAGCACCCAGAGACAUCGAUAUGGCACAGCUACAGAGGAGAAAAACGCUGAGACGAGCGAAGAUUUGUCAGAGAACGAGAAGAAGUUGAAGUCGGAGAUUGACCAGUUGAGUAAGGACAUUGGGGUCCUGAAGGAGAGGAAUUCAGAGCUGGAGGACAAGUACAAACGAGCACUUGCGGAGAGUGAGAACAUGAGGGUGAGACUGACGAAGCAGAUCGAGGAUGCCAAGUUGUUUGGGAUUCAGGGAUUCUGCAAGGAUUUGCUCGAUGUGGCUGACAUCCUGGGGAAGGCCACUGAGAGUGUACCUAAGGAUCAGCUUACUGAGAGAAAUCCACAUCUCAAGACGUUGUAUGAGGGACUGAGAAUGACUGAGUCACAGCUGCAUAAGGUGUUUAAAAAGCACGGGCUGGUCUCUCUGAACCCUCUCGAUGAAAAAUUCAACCCGAACCAGCACGAAGCCCUCUUCCAACAGGAGGUCGAGGGCAAGGCCCCUGGAACAGUCGUCGUUGUCUCCAAAGUCGGUUACAAACUGCACGAGAGAAUAGUACGGCCUGCACUAGUGGGUGUCUCCAAGGCAUAAUUAAUUCCUAAGAUUAUCCAAUUUAUUAUUUUCGUUAGAAAUGUCUAUGAUUCCAGAAUUUUCACGUUUUAUUAUGGUUUAACGUCAUAAUAUAUUGUUGGAGGUGAAUAAACGAUUUCGUCUUUAGUCGAAAU